AUGAAAACCCCCGACGAAGAUUUCGACUUAUUCAAGCUCUUUCUUCGUUCACUUGCGUUUGCAGCCACUCUCGAAAUGAACGCACUUGACUUCCUCCUCGACUUUGCAACUCUUAUGGGCACAUCGUCAGCCUUGACAAUUCCGCCGGGCUCCCGCAACGCUCCAAACAUACCAACUCAGGAGGUCCAAACAUCGAAAGCGUUGUCACUACAAAGUGCUCAAAAGCCAUUCCCCCAUGGAGACCAUCUCCAGCAAGCCCCGCAACCUUUUCAUCCUCAGCUAGGUACCGGCAUCCCUUCGAUGACCUCGCAUGAGGAGACAAUUGCAGCCUUCUCAAGAGCCCACGCAAGCCCUACAAUUCAGAAUCCCAUCGACUGGAUUCCAGCACCUCCUUAUCCGCAACACCCAUCCACGCAAGGCCAGAUCUUACACCACCCAGAAGACCACUGGUUCACCGAAGUGCUCAGCUUCGACUGCGAACUCACUUGUGGUCACCAUCCCGACCAACAAUAUCAUUGCAGGUACAUGCCUCCGCCAUCAGUCUGCACUGCGGACGGCUGUGCGCCCCCGCCGCCAUGGAAGGCGAAUCAGGUGCUCCUGCAACAUCAGCAACCGUUCCAGCACAUACCGGCUGAGGGCCUAUCUUGCGAGUACAACUGCGAAGACUGCUUCUACAGACAACCGUGUCACUUUCCGUACUUCCCACCACACAGCAACUGCACCCAAGACGGCUGUGUGCCUGUAGCACCGGUGGAGAUGUGGGGCCAUGUUCAGGAUAAUCUGGAGAUGUUUACACAUCGGGGGAACCAGGGCCGAGUCGUAAGAGGGAAUCUUUUGCAGCAUCAUUGA